CCAAUGUUGUCACUUUACGUAAAUAUCUGCGGUAAUCAAUAUGAAUAUUCAGUAAAAAGUAGUAGGAGAAACUGAGGCUGUUCCUGACAAUUGAGUCCUCAAGGAACGUUGAACCUUAUUCUCGGGAAGGCACUGUCAGUGAGUUCAAUUGGAUAUUACGGUCAAUCAAGGCCUUUAAUUCAAUCACCUUCUCAUUUUAUUUGUACAACUUCGUCUUAAACAAAACAUCAACCAUACUACUACUACCCAGGUAUGUAGGUAGGUUAGUUAUCAAUGAUAUAAUCCCUUGUUAUUAUUUAUAUAUAACAUAGUAUAUAUUUCAUUCCACCCCUUUUGCCCUUUCUCUCUGUAUGCAUUAUUAGAUACCAGUACGCAUUUCACCAUCUCGAACCAGCCAAGCUUGUUAAUUCAGCAUCCGACAUACGCUCACUUCUCUUUGUUACUCAAGUGGCAUUUUGAUACGUUUUAGAGCCUGACUACAAUGGACUCCCCCCUUACGAGGUCCGGCUCACGGGUCGAGAUUUUCCCAACCAAGAUAGACUCAGAUCCUAAUAUUGAGCCCGACGAUGAAAGUGGUGAUGAACAUGCUUCCCUCAACUUCGCAAUCCCGUCAGUGCACGAGCUCCAACACACCGUUCGCUAUACUCUGGGCUAGUGGCAGGAGGAAUACUUCUACUGUGGCCUCUGUCUCAUAACAGCUGGCUUUCUUAUCACCAUCAUGUACUUGUUUGACGGCAUGCUUGAACCCGAAUGGAACGACAGCCUCAAACUAAGUACCAUUAUCAUUGCUGUCAUGAGUUGUUUUCGUCUCGCCCUCAAGGCAGUAGUUCAGACGUGCAUCAGCCAAGGUGCCUGGAUCUGGGUGUCCGGCUUCCGCAAGGGGAAAGUUGAAGCUCGAUUGGAAGACUUCAAAAUGUUCGACGAAGCCGCAACGGGGUUAUACGGAAGUUUAGUUUUACUAUGGCGCUUGAAAGGGAGGCACUUGGCCUGUGUCGGGGCCGUCAUCAUGAUACUCGCCCAAGGCUUCGAGACCUUUUCUUCGGAGAUGAUUGGGUUCAGCAACAAGCCAGUACCGCUUACACACAGGUCCAGCAUGGUCGGCUCGCCUGCCCCAGCGCCACCAAGGGCUGAGACAUGGCACAACAUCGUUCCAAGGGGCAAAGAACUAUUUCUAGGCCUUUCUACUAAGGCAGCUAUAUAUGAUGGCGUCAUGGCCAGCAGUAUGCUGACUAUCCCUUUACCCUGCUCAACGGGUCACUGCAUGUGGCCUCCUUUUCCCACCAUAGCUGUCUGUGGAAAUUGCACGGAGUCCAUUUUUAGAACUUCGUGCGACUUGCACAAUGGAUGUACAUACACGAUGCCCACGGGUACCUCUGUAACCAAACCAAAUGGGGACGUGUCCGAUUUCGACUUCAUUGUUGCCCCAUCCAAUGGCUCAAUACACACUUUUAAUUCUGAUGAUCGAGCUUUAUUCUCCGUCUUCGACAUAAUCUCCGUAUCACAGACGGCUGGAAAGGCGAGAGUUGAAAGCCAUGAAUGUGCAUUGUGGUUUUGCCUCGAAAGCCUUAAUGCCACCGUAACGAAUGGCGUGCAAGACAGCGCGGUUAUCGCACACUGGCCAAAAACCAAGUACUCUCCAGAGACAAACGGACAUUUCGAUGAACUUACUUUCGUCGAUAUCCCACCGGAACUCCACGUACAUAACAAAACCCGAUAUACCAUUCCUGUAGACUCUGUUCAUGCGUUACGGGGGUUUAUGGAUUCUUUAAUGACGGGCCACGCUUCGAGCAUCGGGGGGGUGGUUAAGUACUCAUCUGAUUGGAUUGAAGCCAUUCACAGCACAACCUCGGAUCUAGAUAACUGGAUAGCAAGAUUAUCCCUGAGCAUGACCAACAACAUUCGACAAAGUGGCAGUCUCAGCGACAGGCAAUCAUUCAAAUACAGUGGUACCGCAUUCAUUGCAGCCUCCCACGUAAAAGUCAAUUGGUACUGGGUAAUCUACCCGUUGACUCUCAUGGUCUUGGCUUUCUGUUAUCUCGCACAAACGGUCUAGAGAACCUCGAGAGACCAAGUAUGCGCUUGGAAGGGCGACUCUUUACCCUUACUGUUCUGUCAUGUGCAACAAAGUAUCGAAGCUCAAGUUGGCAAUGGAAUGGAAGUCCCGGAGGGCUUAAAUGCUCACAUCGGCCGAGUCGAGGUUGAAUUGGUCCGCGAGGAUGACGGCCAAUGGCUAUUCAGAGAGCCGAUCAACAAUUAAUGUUUAACCUGAUAUUACCUGGCUGGUCUCG